AUGGAGCACUCCGUAUCCAGCCGCUCUCCCAGCGGGCAGUGGUACCCGCAGCAGCAGCAACAGCAGCAGCCACCUGCCUUCCGCAGAAACAAUUCCCAGCAGCAGCUGCAGUGGAGCCCCGUGUCGGGCACAGCGACACCGAUGGUGAUGGUGGGCGGCGGCCAGCCCACAGCGAUGCCCGCUGGCACUGGUUCUGCCAUGCUGGGCAACUCGGGCAUGCUCAGCAGCGGCUCGGCGAACCUUUGUGGGCAGCCGCAUCUGCACUCUGGCAUGACACCACAGCAGCAGAUGAUGAUUAUGCAAAGCAUGUACACGCCGCAGAGCCAGUGUUGUGCCCCCUGCUGCGGCACGCAAGAGUGCAGCUUCUGCCCGCGGCCUGGCGAGCCGGUCGAUCCGUUCUGCUGCACGCCAAGGCGGCCGGAUCAGGAGGUGAGAUGGUGGGAGAGUAUCUACAAGUAUUUCGACUGGACCUUCUUCCUCGCCUGCGUCCUGUGCGUGCUCACGAUCAUCGGCUUUGCGAUGGUGAUGGUGACCAAGAAUCAGGACAACAUCUUCGCCGCCUUCGGCGUGCACAACGCCACCGAUCUUGACGUAGCAAUGAUGCCCUACAUUCGCUGGAUGAACACUAAACCAACGAUUCCGGUCGACAAUCGCAAAGGUGUCCCGUCGAACGCUAUGCGGGCAGUCGUGACGGCCCUCUCAACCUCGCCAGAGUACGCCGUUGAAGCCGCGGCGUCGGAGUCAAGCAUCCCCGCGGCCAUCUUGGUCCCAGCGCACAGCUGCACGCGGCGCAGGCUGUUUGGCAGCUUUGGUGAACUGUGUAUGGAGGACAACAUGUACGCGAACACGUUCGCCGUGCAGCUGAGCUUCUGGAACGACGCGCGCGACACGCUGUGGAUCCUGGCGAUGGUGUACAGCUUCUUGACAGUGCUAUACGCGGUGCUGAUCAAUGUGCGCCGGCAUGCGUCAGGUGCCAGCGUAGAAGUCGCGCGCGGGUCGUCGUUCAUGCUGCCGUCCAUCACACCACAGCAGCAAGAGGAGUUCGUGAAGAUGACACCGCAGCAGCAGCAGGCCUUCAUCCAGGAGUUCCAGCAGCAGGUGGCGAUGAUGCAGCAGCAGAACCCUUCCGCCGUAUUCCCGUCGCAGCAGCAGCCAGGCGUUGGCUGCUGCGGCUCCGACAGGGGCAUCGAGUUCUACGAGACGCCCUUCUACGAAUUUGUGCGCUUCGCGUGGCUGUUCUCUGGACUUACAACGUUUGCGUGGACGUGCAACCUCUUUAUAUCCUUCUGGUCCUUCUCCUACUUCUAUAUUCGCGAAACCACGGGCCCGCUGAACACCUUCUGGACUGUCUACACGCACAAGAUGGAGGCCACACUUAUCGUCGUGACCGUCUUCCUCGCGUGGCCACUCUGCAAUUUUGUACUGGAGCUGAUCGUCUUGGUCGCCCUGGUGCUCCCGUGGCUCGUCAUCCGCUCCACCUGGAAGCGGGGUAUCCAGAUGUACCGUCCAGCCCUGCCGCCCUCGCAGCUGCCCGCCUACAUCCGUGCUGACAUGUUCUUCAUGGACUUCCAGGAUGUCAAGCGGCUUGGCUUCUCGCGAUUGGCGUGGAUCAUCCUGACCGACUCCGAGAAGCCCUUCUUCGAAGGCUGCGAGGACCCCACGGUCGACAAGGAUCCUGCCAUGACGCAACUGAUGCAGCAGCGCGUGCAGUGGCGGCAGAUGAUGGCGUCCAUGCUGCCUCCGUGGAUACAGUCGCCGCAGCAGCAGAUGUCUGUGAUGGGUCCCGGUGGUGCGGGCAUGAUGAUGCCAGGGCAGGUGGCACCACAGCAGCGGCAGUUUGACUUCAGUGGGGCGGCGACUCCGCCGGCCAACUCGUCGAUGCAGUCACCGGCGCAGUACCCUGCCGAGGAUGGCGAGCACAGGUCUCACAAACGACGCCGCCAUCACAGCACGCGCGAUCGCCGGCACGCCGACCCCCUAGGGGCGGCGUCGAUGGAGGAGACAUCGGCGGGGCUCGGUGCCACCGGCAAGGAAAACUCGACCCGCCACCGUCACCGUCGUGACAGCCACCACCGCAACCACAGCCGCAGCAGAAGCAGAAGCAGGGGGGUCUUCGACGGUGGCGUUUCGCAGCCGCCGGUCUCGGACGCUGCCGUGGAAAACGGUGCCGGCCACACCGCCGAUGGGGCGUCCCGGCGUCGCCAUCGUCGUAGCCACAGCCGCAGUCACAGCAGGGCCGCCGCUGGCGACGACCCGAGUGCGUUGGUUGUUGCUGCGCCCCGCAGCAUGGGUGACGCGGCGCAGAACGGUGGCGCGGCGGCAGCGGCCGACUUAGACUCCCUCAUGCAGCUGUAG